AUGCCAUCCCUACCAAUGCGCAACCCUCGUCUCAAGGUCGACAUUGCCCUAAAUGGGCAAGUCAAGGGCCGCGUCCCGGCAUACACUACCUAUGACAAAAUCGAGGGCGAGGUCCAGAUACAAGCCGAACGAGACACUGAAUUCGACCAUGUCCAGAUCACUUUCGAUGGUAUAUCCAAAACAAUCAUUCAACGACAAUCCCCAGUCGGGCAUGUCGCAAACAACCUCAAUGCAUUUCACCCUUUUCUGAAAUUGCGCCAACCCAUCGACCCAAAUACAUACCCCGAACCGCGCAAGUUCAAACCUCUCGAAACAUACAUUUUCCCAUUCACAUUUGUCGUGCCCGAAAACCUCCUGCUUCAUGCCUGCAGCCACUACACAGAGAACCCGCACCUUAAAGAGGCGCAUACCCAAUUGCCCCCAAGCCUGGGUGAUGCAAUGCUCUCCGAUGACGGUAAGACAAUGAUCAACGACAUGGCACCCAUGAUGAGCGAAAUUGCAUACAAAAUCAAGGUCUCCGUUAUGAAGAAGGUUCUACCGGCAGACCCCAAACCGUUUUAUGCUUUGUCUUCAAUCGCAAAGAAAGUGCGCAUUAUCCCCGCGACGAUAGAGCAACCACCGCUGGAAAUAGGAUGCAAAAAUACAAAUGGAUACCGCGUUCGACGGGAAAAGGAUGUCCGAAAGGCGUUGCUGGGAGGCAAGACGGGUCGAUUGGUAGUUUUUGCUGCGCAGCCGAAGCCUUUGCAGUUACUUGCUCCUGGCAGCGCCGGCUUCAAAGCGCCGGUUACCAGCCAUGUCAAACUUCAUGUGCGAUUUGAUCCGGAGACGGAAGAUGAGCUCCCGCCGCGACUCAAGUCGACAUCGAGUAAGUUGAAGGUAUCGACUUUUUACGCCACACAGCCGUGGACGAACUUUCCGUCCAAGGAGGUUGCCGAAGCGUAUAGCCGUACAGCGCAUGGUGUAUAUUCCGAGACAAUCAGCCUGUCAUCGCUAUGCGUGGCAUCGGCGCAAUGGAAGAAACACGAUGGCACUGAAGGUUCACUGGAUGACUCUCGACGAAGUUCGCUGGUCUCUGAGUCAUCGUCCUCGCUGGCCGAGAGUCUAGUUCCUCUGUCAUCGGCAUCAUCUUCAUAUUCCGGAAAGACAUUCUACACCGCGUCUAUACUGGUGCCUGUCACACUGCCUGCAAAUCGAACUUUCGUGCCCACCUUUCACUGCUGUCUGUCCUCGCGAGUAUACACUCUUGAUCUGUCGCUAUCAUACCAGCCCGCUAGCAAAAAGAUACCCAUCGCACCGAGUAUCUCGCUCAAUAUCCCCAUCCAAAUAACUUCCGCACCUGGCAAUGGCCUCGCCGCUCUCGGAGGUCUAUCGGAUCCUCUGCUUCCCGAAACGCAAAUCGAAGAAGAAUACUACCGUCCACGAUCCAUUGCGCCGCCAACAGAAGACGACGGUCAUGGCCUCUGCACGGCAUACCCCACACAGCGGUCGUCGAGUGACUCAUUCCAAUAUGACGCGGCGUCACAUACCGGCAGUAGUGACAAUCAUGCUCCUCCGGAGUACUCAACAAUCACACAGACAGGGGGUGGCGUGCAGACAUCGAACCGGCUAUCGCCGGCGUGGAUGCUUGAUAGUCUUCGCUGA